AUGGAGCAGCCCCAGGGAGAAGACGAGGCCCCCCAGGGGAAGAAGAUCUUCAGCUUUCCUGGGGCCCGGAGGAGUCUUCUGAACUCUGACAGGAGCCAAGAGCAAGGCUUGAGGAACAACUCGGACCCCGAUGUGGUGGCGGGGAGUAGUUCUCUAACCCCUGACUCCAGACCCCCACCUUUCCCUGUGCCCUUGCCGGUGACCCCAGUCGUCCCCACAGACUUGACACAGCCUCGGAAGUUGCCCCUGAUGGGCCAUGACAAGAAGUAUCCCCUGAUGAAGCAGCGUGGCUUCUACUCGGAUAUCCUCACGCCAGGAUCCUUGGAACAGCUUGGGGAAGUCUGCCGUGGCCCCUUGGUGAAACAGGACCUCCUGCGGGUGGCCGAACUCAACGAGUUCACCCCCAAAGUCAGCACCUUUGAGAUUCCGCAGAACUUCCAGGACAUGCUGGAGAAGCAGCACACGGGGGCCACCACCCAGCUGCUCACCGACACGGACUUCCCGCUGCAGGCCUACGAGCCCAAGGUUCAGGUGCCCUUCCUGGUGCUGACUGGCCAGUGCCCCCGCAAGAUUGAAAUCGAGAGGAGGAAGCGACUGUACAUGAGCCUGGACAUUGAGAAGCUCCUGGCUGCAGAGGGCAUCGACUCCAACAACCUCAUGCCCAGGCACCUAGACCCCCAAAACCCUCAUACCAUUGAGCAGGGCCACGACCCGCUCUUCCCCACCUACCUUCCCCUGAAGGUAUUUGACAAUGAGGAGUUUGACUGCCGAACUCCCACAGAGUGGAUCAACAUGGGCUUGGAGCCAGGGUCUCAGGACAGGAAGCCUGUGCCCGGGAAAGCCCUCCUGCCCACUGACGACAUCCUGGGGCACGAGGACCCCAAGAGUCCCCAGCUGAAGUAUGAAUGGCACCAAGUUGGGGUACUAGACUAUGACCCAGAGAAGAAGCUGUACCUGGUGCACAAGACAGAUGACCACGGCUUGGUGCGGGAUGAGAUGGGGGAACCCAUCCUGAAUGGCGGCAUGACACCUCAAGGAAGGAAGCCCCUCAUGAGCUGCCAGUACUGGGUGCCGCGGGUCCAGCUGCUCUUCUGCGCGGAGGACCCCCGGGUGUUCACCCAGCGUGUGGUCCAAGCCAACAACUUGCGCAAGAACACGGAGGCGCUGCUGCUGUACAACCUGUACGUGGACUGCAUGCCUUGCGAGGGCCAGCGCGUGAUCAACGAGCAGAGCCUGGGCAGGAUCAAGCAGUGGGCCAUGAGCACGCCCCGGAUGCGCAAGGGACCCUUGGCACUGGAGCACCUCAACAAUCUCUCCAAAGAGGUCAGCCUGGACUACGAGCGCAGCAUGAACAAGAUCAACUUUGACCGGAUCGUCUCCUCCAAGCCCGAGACAUUCUUCUACGUGACCCUGCCGGAGAAGGAGGAGGAGAAGGUGCCCCCAAAAGGCCUGGUGAGCGUCCCCAAGUACCCCUUCCUGGAGCAGAAGGAGGACUUCACUUUCGUGUCCCUGCUCACGCGGCUGGAGGUCAUCACAGCCCUCAGCAAGGUGCGGGCCGAGUGCAACAAGGUGACGGCGAUGACCCUGUUCCACUCGAACCUCUCCAAGUCCAGCCGCCUGGAGGAGUUUGAGCAGAUCCAGUCCCAGACCUUCACCCAGGUGCAGAUGUUCCUCAAGGACUCCUGGAUCAGCACGCUCAAGGUGGCCCUGCGCAGCAGCCUGCGGGACAUGAGCAAGGGCUGGUACAACCUGUACGAGACCAGCUGGGAGGUGUACCUCAUGUCCAAGCUGCGCAAGCUGAUGGAGCUGAUCAAGUACAUGCUGCAGGACACGCUGCGCUUCCUGGUGCAGGACUCGCUGAGCAGCUUCUCCCAGUUCAUCAGCGACGCCUGCUGCAGCGUGCUCGACUGCCCCAGCGACAUGGUCUGGGGCGACGACCUCAUCAACAGCCCCUACAGGCCACGCAAGAACCCUCUCUUCAACGUGGACCUGGUGCUGGACAACACAGGGGUGCACUACAGCACGCCCCUGGAACACUUUGAGACCUCUCUGCUCAACCUCUUCGACAAGGGCAUCCUGGCCACACACGCAGUGCCCCAUCUGGAGAAGCUGGUGAUGGAGGACAUCUUCAUCAGCGGCAACCCUCUGCUCGAGUCGGUGGGGCUCCACGAGCCUCUGGUGGAGGAGCUGCGGGCCACCAUUGCCAACGCCAUCCGCAAGGCCAUGAUCCCGCUGCAGGCCUAUGCCAAGGGGUACCAGAAGUACCUGGAGCUGAACAACAACGACAUCUCCACCUUCCUCAAGGCCUUCCAGUCACAGCCCCUGUCGGCCGAGGUGGUGCGGGAGGUGGUGGUCACCCACCUUCGAGAGAAAGAGAUCCUGGACAACUCACUGCCCAGCAGCCUUGUCAUUGGGCCCUUCUACAUCAACGUGGACAAUGUCAAGCAGAGCCUGUCCAAGAAGCGCAAGGCCCUGGCCACGUCCAUGCUUGACAUCCUGGCCAAGAACCUGCACACGGAGGUGGAGAGUAUCUGCGAGAAUUUCCGCAGCAUCAGCCGCAAGAUUUACGAGAAGCCCAACAGCAUCGAGGAGCUGGCUGAGAUUCGCGAGUGGAUGAAGGGCAUCCCCGAGAAGCUGUCGGAUCUGGAGGAGCGCAUCAGGAAGGUCAUGGAAGACUACCAGGUCUUGGACGAGUUCUUCUACAGCCUGAGCAUGGAGGACUUCAAUGACAAAUGGGCCGCCAGCAACUGGCCCUCCAAGAUCCUCUCGCAGAUCGAGAUGGUGUGUCAGCAGCACAUAGAGGAGGAGGAGAAGUUCCGCAAAAUCCAGCUCAUGGAUCAAAACAACUUCCAGGAGAAGCUGGAAGGACUACAGCUGGUGGUGGCUGGCUUCUCCAUGCACGUGGAUAUCACACGAGCCCACGAGAUUGCCAACGAGGCACGGCGGGUCAAGAAGCAGCUGAAGGACUGCCAGCAGCUGGCCAUGCUCUACAAUAACCGCGAGCGCAUCUUCGGCCUGCCCAUCACCAAUUAUGACAAACUCAACAGGAUGGUGAAGGACUUCCAGCCCUACCUGGACCUCUGGACCACAGCCUCCGACUGGAUGCGCUGGUCCGAGAGCUGGAUGAACGACCCCCUGUCGGCCAUCGACUCGGAGCAGCUGGAGAAGAACGUCAUCGAGUCCUUCAAGACCAUGCACAAGUGUGCGAAGCAGUUCAAGGACAUCACUGCCUGCCAGGAGGUGGCCCUGGACAUCCGCUCGCGCAUCGAGGAGUUCAAGCCCUACAUCCCGCUGAUCCAGGGGCUGCGGAACCCAGGCAUGCGCAGCCGCCACUGGGACGACCUGUCCAACGAGAUCAACAUCAACGUCAGGCCCAAGGCCAACCUGACUUUCUCCCGCUGCCUGGAGAUGAACCUCCAGGACCACAUCGAGAGCAUCAGCAAGGUGGCCGAGGUGGCCAGCAAGGAGUACGCCAUCGAGCAGGCCCUGGACAAAAUGGAGAAGGAGUGGUCAACCAUCCUGUUCAACGUGCUGCCCUACAAGGAGACGGACACUUACAUCCUCAAGAGCCCGGACGAGGCGUCCCAGCUGCUGGACGACCACAUUGUCAUGACCCAGAGCAUGUCCUUCUCGCCGUACAAGAAGCCUUUUGAGAUGCGCAUCAGCUCCUGGGAGAACAAGCUGAAGCUGACCCAGGAGGUGCUGGAGGAGUGGCUCAACUGCCAGCGGUCCUGGCUCUACCUGGAGCCCAUCUUCAGCUCUGAGGACAUCAACCGGCAGCUGCCCGUGGAGAGCAAGCGCUACCAGACCAUGGAGCGGAUCUGGAGGAAGAUCAUGAAGAACGUCUACGAGAACCGGGAGGUGAUCAAUGUGUGUUCGGACCAAAGGCUGCUGGACAGCCUGCGGGACUGCAACAAGCUGCUGGACAUGGUGCAGAAGGGCCUCAGCGAGUACCUGGAGACCAAGCGCAGCGCCUUCCCCAGGUUCUACUUCCUGUCGGAUGAUGAGCUCUUGGAGAUCCUGUCCCAGACUAAGGACCCCACAGCCGUGCAGCCCCACCUGCGCAAGUGCUUCGAGAACAUCAACCGGCUGCUCUUCCAGGAGGACCUGGAGAUCACACACAUGUACUCGGCCGAAGGGGAGGAGGUGGAGCUGUCCACCUCCAUCUACCCGUCCAGCAACGUGGAGGACUGGCUCCGGGAGGUGGAGCGCAGCAUGAAGAGCAGCCUGCGGGACAUCAUCGAGAGGGCCAUCAGGGCCUACCCCACGAUGACCAGGACCACCUGGGUUCUCAGCUGGCCAGGCCAGGUGACCAUAGCUGGCUGCCAGACCUUCUGGACCCUGGAGGUGUCAGAGGCCCUGGAGAUUGGCAACCUCCGCACGGAGCUAUUUCCCAAGCUGGGCCUCCAGCUCAGCGACCUGGUGGGCCUGGUUCGGGGGAAGCUGUCCCGCAUCCAGCGAGCCGUGCUGUCGGCGCUGAUCGUCAUCGAGGUGCACGCCAAGGACGUGGUGAGCAAGCUGAUCAUGGAGGAGGUGGUCAGCGUGAAUGCCUUCGAGUGGAUCUCACAGCUGAGGUACUACUGGACAAACAACCACCUGUACAUCCGGGCCGUGAACGCCGAGUUUAUCUAUGGCUACGAGUACCUCGGAAAUACCGGGAGGCUGGUGAUCACACCCCUGACCGACAGGUGCUACCUGACCCUCACUGGGGCCCUGCACCUCAAGUUUGGGGGUGCCCCAGCGGGCCCAGCUGGCACAGGGAAAACAGAGACCACCAAAGACCUGGGUAAGGCCUUGGCCAUCCAGACCGUGGUGUUCAACUGCUCCGACCAGCUCGACUUCAUGGCCAUGGGCAAGUUCUUCAAGGGUCUGGCCAGUGCGGGAGCCUGGGCCUGCUUCGACGAGUUCAACCGCAUCGACAUAGAGGUGCUGUCGGUGGUGGCGCAGCAGAUCACCACCAUCCAGAAGGCUCAGCAGCAGCGGGUGGAGCGCUUCUUGUUUGAGGGCGUGGAGAUCCCCCUGGUGCCUUCCUGCGCUGUGUUCAUCACCAUGAACCCGGGGUACGCCGGCCGCACGGAGCUGCCUGACAACCUGAAGGCGCUCUUCCGGCCCGUGGCCAUGAUGGUCCCGGACUACACCAUGAUCGCAGAGAUCUCCCUCUACUCCUUUGGCUUCAACGAGGCCAAGGUGCUGGCCAAGAAGAUCACGACCACCUUCAAGCUGUCCUCAGAGCAACUUAGCUCCCAGGAUCACUAUGACUUUGGGAUGAGGGCAGUGAAGACUGUCAUCUCCGCUGCCGGGAACCUCAAGAGAGAGAACCCCAACAUGGAUGAGGAGCUGAUCUGCCUCAGGGCCAUCCGAGACGUGAAUGUGCCCAAGUUCCUACAGGAUGACCUCAAGCUCUUCUCUGGGAUCGUGUCCGACCUUUUCCCCAACAUCCGGGAGGAGGAGACGGACUACGGCAUCCUGGACAAGGCCAUCCGCAAGGCCUGUGAGACGAACAACCUCAAGGAUGUGGAUGGCUUCCUGAGGAAGUGCAUCCAGCUAUACGAGACCACCGUGGUGCGGCACGGCCUCAUGCUCGUUGGGCCCACCGGCUCCGGCAAGAGCAAAUGUUACAGAGUGCUGGCGGACGCCAUGACCUCGCUGAAAGGGCAGCCGUCCAUCAGCGGAGGCGUGUACGAGGCCGUCAACUACUUCGUGGUCAACCCCAAGUCCAUCACCAUGGGCCAGCUCUACGGGGAGUUCGACCUGCUCACCCACGAGUGGACAGAUGGGAUUUUCUCCUCCCUCAUCCGGGCGGGGGCCAUCGCCGCCGACAGCAGCAAGAAGUGGUACAUGUUUGACGGGCCCGUGGACGCCGUCUGGAUUGAGAACAUGAACACAGUGCUGGACGACAACAAGAAGCUGUGCCUCAGCUCCGGGGAGAUCAUCAAGCUCACUGAGGAGAUGACCAUGAUGUUUGAGGUCCAGGACCUGGCGGUGGCCUCGCCAGCCACGGUCUCGCGCUGCGGCAUGGUGUACCUGGAGCCCAGCAUCCUGGGGCUCAUGCCCUUUGUCGAGUGCUGGCUGAGGAGGCUCCCUGCCCUGCUCAGGCCCUACGAGGAGACGUUCAAGGGCCUCUUUGUCUCCUUUCUCGAGGACUCCAUCACGUUCAUCCGCUCCUCGGUGAAAGAAGUGAUCGCCUCCACCAACAGCAACCUGGUCGCGAGUCUCCUCAAGCUCCUGGACUGCUUCUUCAAGCCCCUUCUGCCUAAGGAGGGACACCGGAAGUUCCCCUCGGAGAAGCUAAGCCGCAUCCCAGAGCUCAUCGAACCCUGGUUCAUCUUCGCCCUGGUCUGGAGCGUGGGUGCCACCAGUGACAACUACAGUCGCUUGGGGUUUAGCCUGUGGCUCAGGAACAAGAUGAAAACGGAAAACCUGAGCCUGCUCUUCCCGGAGGAGGGGCUAGUGUUCGACUACAGGUUGGACGAUGCAGGCAUCAGCAACGUGAAUGAGGAGGAAGAGGAAGAGGAGGAUGCCAAGCAGGUCAGCUGGGUGAAGUGGAUGAACGGCUCCAUGCCCUUCACCAUGGCCCCCGACACCAACUACUGCGACAUCAUCGUCCCCACCAUGGACACCGUGCGCAUGUCCUAUCUGCUGGGCAUGCUGCUCACCAGCCACAAGCCCGUGCUGUGCAUCGGGCCCACGGGCACGGGGAAGACCCUCACCAUCGCCGACAAGCUGCUCCGGAACCUGCCUGUGGAGUACAUCAGCCACUUCCUUACCUUCUCGGCCCGUACCUCGGCCAACCAGACUCAGGACCUCAUCGACAGCAAGCUGGACAAGAGACGGAAGGGUGUGUUUGGGCCACCCCUGGGGCGCAACUUCAUCUUCUUCAUUGACGACCUGAACAUGCCGGCCCUGGAGACAUACGGGGCCCAGCCACCCAUUGAGCUGCUUCGCCAGUGGAUGGACCACGACGGCUGGUAUGACCGCAAGAUCAUCGGUGCCUUCAAGAAGUUGGUGGACAUCAACUUUGUGUGUGCCAUGGGCCCCCCGGGCGGAGGCAGGAACCCCAUCACCCCACGACUCACACGCCACUUCAACUACCUGUCCUUUACCGAGAUGGAGGAGGUCAGCAAGAAGCGCAUUUUCUCCACCAUCCUGGACAGCUGGAUGGGUGGACUCCUCGGAGAGAAGAGUUACCGGGAGCCUGUGCCGGGUGCCCCCCACAUCACCCAGUUCACGAAUCCACUCGUGGAAGCCACCAUCAUGGUCUACACCACCAUCACCUCCCAGCUGCUGCCCACGCCAGCCAAGUCCCACUACACCUUCAACCUGCGUGACCUCUCCAAGGUGUUCCAGGGCAUGCUCAUGGCCGACCCGGCCAAGGUGGCGGACAAGGUGCAGCUGCUGCGGCUGUGGUACCACGAGUCCUGCCGCGUGUUCCGUGACCGCCUGGUGGACGACGAAGACCGCAGCUGGUUUGACAAGCUCCUGGAGUCGUGCAUGGAGCGCUGGAAGGUGACCUUUGAGGAGGUCUGCCCCAUCCAGCCCAUCCUCUACGGGGACUUCAUGUCGCCGGGCAGUGACGUCAAGACGUACGAGCUCAUCACCGACGAGACAAAGAUGAUGCAGGUGCUCGAGGAGUACAUCGAGGACUACAAUCAGAUCAACACGGCCAAGCUGAAGCUGGUCCUCUUCAUGGACGCCAUGAGCCACGUGUGCCGCAUCAGCCGCACGCUGCGCCAGGCUCUGGGCAACGCGCUGCUGCUGGGCGUGGGGGGCAGCGGCCGCAGCUCCCUCACCCGGCUCGCCACACACAUGGCAGAGUACGAGUGCUUCCAGAUUGAACUCUCCAAGAACUACGGCAUGGCCGAGUGGCGUGAAGACAUCAAGAAGGUCUUGCUGAAGGCUGGCCUGCACAACAUGCCCCUCACCUUCCUGUUCGUGGACACCCAGAUCAAAAAUGAGUCCUUCCUGGAGGACAUCAACAACAUCCUGAACUCGGGGGACAUUCCCAACCUCUACUCCUUAGACGAGCAGGAACAGAUCGUCAACACCAUGCGGCCCAUCGUCCAGGAGCAGGGCCUGCAGCCCACCAAGGCCAACCUCAUGGCCGCCUACACCAGCCGCGUGCGCAGCAACAUCCACCUGGUGUUGUGCAUGAGCCCCAUCGGAGAGGUCUUCCGAGCCCGCCUGCGGCAGUUCCCCUCCCUGGUCAACUGUUGCACCAUUGACUGGUUUAACGAGUGGCCGACAGAUGCCCUGAACUCGGUGGCUUCCAUGUCCCUGAAUGAGAUCCCGGAGCUGGAGGCCAACACAAUGUUAAUUAAAGGAAUGACUCAGGUCUGCGUGUUCAUCCACCAGUCGGUGGCCAAGAAGUGUGGUGAGUACCUGGCCGAGCUAGCCCGCCACAACUAUGUGACGCCCAAGAGCUACCUGGAGCUGCUGAAUAUUUUCUCGGUCCUCAUUGGGCAGAAGAAACAAGAACUGAAAACCGCCAAGCACCGCAUGAAGAGUGGCCUGGACAAGCUGCUUCGUACUGCAGAGGAUGUGGCCAAGAUGCAGGAGGAGCUGGAGAUCAUGCGCCCCCUGCUGGAAGAGGCCGCCAAGGACACCAUGAUCACCAUGGAGCAGAUCAAGGAUGACACAGCCCUCGCCGAGGAGACCCGGAAAUCAGUGCAGGCAGAGGAGAACAAGGCCAACGAGAAGGCUAAGAAGGCGCAAGCUAUCGCCGACGAUGCCCAGAAGGACCUGGAUGAGGCGCUGCCCGCCCUGGACGCAGCCCUGGCCAGUCUACGCAACCUCAACAAGAAUGACGUGACCGAGGUACGCGCCAUGCAGCGGCCGCCCCCGGGCGUGAAGCUGGUCAUCGAAGCUGUGUGCAUCAUGAAGGGCAUCAAGCCCAAGAAAGUCCCCGGGGAGAAGCCUGGCACCAAGGUGGAUGACUACUGGGAGCCCGGCAAGGGGCUGCUGCAGGACCCGGGCCGCUUCCUCGAGAGCCUCUUCAAGUUUGACAAGGACAAUAUAGGGGAGGCGGUGAUCAAAGCCAUCCAGCCAUACAUCGACAACGACGAGUUCCAGCCAGCCGCCAUCGCCAAGGUGUCCAAAGCCUGCACGUCCAUCUGCCAGUGGGUGCGCGCCAUGCACAAGUACCAUUUUGUGGCCAAGGCCGUGGAGCCCAAGCGGCAAGCCCUGGCGGAAGCCCAGGAAGACCUGGAAUUGACGCAGAAGAUCCUGGAGGAGGCGAAGACGCGCCUGCAGGAGGUGGAGAGUGGCAUCUUCACGCUACAGGCCAAGUACCGUGAAUGCAUCGCCAAGAAAGAAGAGCUGGAGCAGAAAUGCGAACAGUGUGAGCAGCGGCUGGGACGUUCCGACAAGCUUAUCAACGGCCUGUCGGAUGAGAAGGUGCGCUGGAAGGAGACCGUGGAGAACCUGGAGGACAUGCUGAACAACAUCACGGGCAACGUGCUGGUGGCCUCGGGCUUCGUGGCUUACCUGGGCCCGUUCACGGGCCAUUACCGCACGGUGCUCUUUGAGAGCUGGGUCCAGCAGCUCAAUGUCUACAAAGUCCCCCACAGUGAGGAGCCCACGCUGAUCGGGACGCUGGGGAACCCCGUGAAGAUCCGCUCGUGGCAGAUCGCCGGCCUCCCGAAUGACACCCUCUCCGUGGAGAACGGGGUCAUCAGCCAGUUCUCCCAGCGCUGGACUCACUUCAUUGACCCUCAGGGUCAGGCCAACAAAUGGAUCAAGAACUUGGAGAGGGACAGCGGGCUGGACGUGUUCAAGCUGAGUGACCGAGACUUCCUGCGCAGCUUGGAGAAUGCCAUCCGCUUUGGCAAGCCCUGCCUUCUGGAGAAUGUGGGCGAAGAGCUGGACCCGGCCCUGGAGCCGGUGCUGCUCAAGCAGACUUACAAGCAGCAGGGGAACACGGUGAUGAAGCUGGGGGACACGGUGAUCCCCUACCACGAGGACUUCAGGAUGUACAUCACCACCAAGCUGCCCAACCCGCACUACACGCCCGAGGUCUUCACCAAGCUCACCAUCAUCAACUUCACCCUCUCACCCAGUGGCCUGGAGGACCAGCUGUUGGGCCAGGUGGUGGCUGAGGAGCGACCUGACCUAGAGGAAGCCAAGAACCAGCUCAUCGUCAGCAACGCCAAGAUGCGACAGGAGCUGAAGGACAUCGAGGACCAGAUCCUGCUGCGGCUCAGCUCCUCCGAGGGCAACCCUGUGGACGACAUGGAGCUUAUCAAAGUGCUCGAGGCUUCCAAGGCGAAAGCCGCUGAAAUCCAGUCCAAAGUCAGGAUCGCGGAGCAGACCGAGAAGGACAUCGACCUCACACGCAUGGAGUACAUCCCUGUGGCCGUCCGCACCCAGAUUCUCUUCUUCUGUGUGUCUGACCUGGCCAACGUGGACCCCAUGUACCAGUACUCCCUCGAGUGGUUUCUCAACAUCUUCCUCUCAGGCAUCGCCAACUCCGAGAGGGCAGAAAACCUGAAGAAGCGCAUCGCCAACAUCAACCGCUACCUGACCUUCAGCCUGUACAGCAACGUCUGCCGCAGCCUCUUUGAGAAGCACAAGCUGAUGUUUGCUUUCUUGCUUUGCGUCCGCAUCAUGAUGAACGAGGGCAAGAUUAACAAGAAUGAGUGGCGCUACCUGCUGUCCGGGGGCCCCAUCCAGGAUGAUGCGAUGGAGAACCCCGCCCCGAGCUGGCUGUCGGACAGAAACUGGCGUGACAUCGUGGCCCUCUCCAACCUGCCAACCUUCGCCUCACUCUCCACCGACUUCGUGAAGCACCUCUCAGAGUUCCAGGUCAUCUUUGACAGCCCUGAGCCCCACCGGGAGCCUCUGCCUGGUAUCUGGGACCAGUACCUGGACCAGUUCCAGAAGCUGCUGGUGCUCCGCUGCCUGCGUGGGGACAAGGUUACCAAUGCCAUGCAGGACUUUGUGUCCUCCAACCUGGAGCCACGCUUCAUUGAGCCACAAACUGCCAACCUGUCGGUGGUGUUCAAAGACUCCAACGCCGCCACACCCCUCAUCUUUGUGCUGUCUCCGGGCACUGACCCCGCCGCUGACCUCUACAAGUUCGCUGAAGAGAUGAAGUUCUCCAAGAAGCUCUCUGCCAUCUCCCUGGGCCAGGGCCAGGGACCUCGUGCAGAAGCCAUGAUGCGCAGUUCCAUAGAGAGGGGCAAGUGGGUCUUCUUCCAGAACUGCCACCUGGCACCCAGCUGGAUGCCAGCGCUAGAGCGCCUCAUCGAGCACAUCAAUCCUGACAAGGUGCACCGGGACUUCCGCCUGUGGCUCACUAGUCUGCCUAGCAACAAAUUCCCAGUGACCAUCCUGCAGAACAGCUCCAAGAUGACUAUCGAGCCGCCGCGUGGCGUCAAGGCCAACCUGCUCAAGUCCUACAGCAGCCUCAGCGACGACUUCCUCAACUCCUGUCACAAGACGCUGGAGUUCAAGUCCCUGCUGCUAUCUCUGUGCCUCUUCCACGGGAACGUGCUGGAGCGCCGCAAGUUUGGGCCUUUGGGCUUCAACAUCCCCUAUGAGUUCACGGACGGGGAUUUGCGCAUCUGCAUCAGCCAGCUCAAGAUGUUCCUGGACGAGUACGACAGCAUUCCCUACAAGGUUCUCAAGUACACGGCGGGGGAGAUCAACUACGGGGGCCGAGUCACGGACGACUGGGACCGCCGCUGCAUCAUGAACAUCCUGGAAGACUUCUACAGUCCCCUGGUGCUCUUCCCCGAGCACACCUACAGCGCCUCGGGGGUCUACCACCAGAUCCAACCCACCUACGACCUCAACGGCUACCUCUCCUACAUCAAAGGUCUCCCACUCAACGACAUGCCUGAGAUCUUUGGUCUCCAUGACAACGCCAACAUCACCUUCGCCCAGAAUGAGACUUUUGCUCUUUUUGGUGCCAUCAUCCAGCUGCAACCAAAGUCUUCCUCAGUGGGCAGCCAGGACCAAGAGGAGGUAGUACAGGAUGUAGCCCAGAACAUUUUGCUCAAGAUCCCCGAACCCAUCAACUUGCAGUUUGUGAUGGCCAAGUACCCAGUGCUAUAUGAGGAGUCCAUGAACACGGUGCUAGUCCAAGAGGUCAUCCGGUACAACCGGCUGCUACAGGUGAUCUCCCAGUCACUGCAAGACUUGCUCAAGGCCCUCAAGGGGCUGGUGGUGAUGUCGUUGGAGCUGGAGCUGAUGGCAGCCAGCCUGUACAACAACAGUGUGCCUGAGCUCUGGAAGGCCAAAGCCUACCCAUCACUGAAGCCUCUUUCCUCUUGGGUCAUGGACCUGCUUCAGCGCCUAGACUUCUUGAAUUCCUGGAUCCAGGGAGGCAUCCCGGCUGUCUUCUGGAUCAGUGGCUUCUUCUUCCCCCAGGCUUUCCUGACAGGCACACUGCAGAAUUUUGCUCGCAAAAAUGUCAUUUCCAUUGACACCAUCUCCUUUGAUUUUAAGGUGGUGAGCAUGCCAGUAGCGCAGAUUACAAGGCCCCAAGAAGGGUGCUACAUCUACGGGCUGUUCCUGGAAGGUGCCCGCUGGGACCCUGUGGCCUUCCAGCUGGCCGAGUCUCGGCCCAAAGAGCUCUAUACAGAGAUGGCUGUUAUCUGGCUCCUGCCAGUGGCCCAUCGCAGCGUCCAGGACCAGAACUUCUACCUGUGCCCCAUCUAUAAGACGCUGACCCGAGCUGGGACACUAUCCACCACAGGCCACUCCACCAACUAUGUCAUCGCAGUGGAAAUCCCCACAGACCAGUCCCAGCGACACUGGAUAAAGCGUGGCGUGGCCCUCAUCUGUGCCCUGGACUACUAG